GAAGGGGCGGAGCUCCGCCGACAAGGGCUAAGCUUCGCCGCAAGAGGCGGAGUCUGGAGCGAGGCGGGGCUUUUCCUAGGGGCGGGGACAGUGGGGCGUGGCCUCAGGCCAGGGGGCGGAGCGUGGCGGUUGGCGCUCAUCCCCCUCCCCCGGCCCCGGGUGUCCCCGUGACGAGGCAGCUCGGAGCCGCCGCGGGCCGGGCCCAUCCCGCCGCAGCGGCCCGGGGCCGAGCAGGGGCUAGACGGGGAGGGAGUGGCGCCCAGCGGGGCCCGGAGCGUGGCCAGAAUGGUGCUGGAAGGAAACCCUGAAGUGGGGUCCCCCCGAACCUCAGACCUCCAGCACCGGGGGAACAAGGGCUCUUGCGUUCUCUCCUCUCCCGGUGAAGAUGCACAGCCAGGCGAGGAGCCCAUCAAGUAUGGUGAACUCAUUGUCUUGGGCUACAAUGGAUGUCUAGCAAGUGGGGACAAGGGCCGCCGGCGAAGCCGCCUGGCACUGAGCCGCCGGCCGCAUGCCAACGGAGUGAAGCCAGAUGUCAUGCAUCACAUCUCCACGCCGCUCGUCUCCAAGGCACUGAGUAACCGUGGCCAGCACAGCAUCUCGUACACAUUGUCCCGGAGCCAUUCAGUCAUAGUGGAGUAUACACAUGAUAGUGACACAGACAUGUUCCAGAUUGGCCGCUCCACGGAGAACAUGAUUGACUUCGUGGUUACAGACACAUCCCCUGGAGGAGGGGCUGCCGAGGGCCCUUCUGCCCAGAGCACCAUCUCCCGCUAUGCCUGCCGAAUCCUCUGUGACCGCCGGCCGCCCUAUACUGCCCGCAUCUAUGCCGCUGGCUUCGACGCCUCCAGCAACAUCUUCCUUGGAGAGCGGGCGGCCAAAUGGCGGACCCCGGAUGGCCUGAUGGAUGGACUGACCACCAAUGGAGUCCUGGUGAUGCACCCGGCGGGCGGCUUCUCCGAGGACUCAGCCCCGGGUGUCUGGCGGGAGAUCUCGGUCUGUGGGAAUGUGUACACAUUGCGGGACAGCCGCUCAGCCCAGCAGCGGGGCAAGCUGGUGGAAAACGAGUCCAACGUGCUACAGGACGGCUCUCUCAUCGACCUAUGUGGGGCCACACUGCUGUGGCGCACACCAGCAGGGCUGCUGCGGGCUCCCACACUGAAGCAACUGGAGGCCCAGCGGCAGGAGGCAAAUGCAGCGCGGCCCCAGUGCCCCGUGGGCCUCAGCACUCUGGCCUUCCCUAGCCCAGCCCGUGGCCGCACAGCACCCGACAAACAGCAGCCCUGGGUCUACGUCCGCUGUGGGCACGUCCAUGGCUACCACGGCUGGGGCUGCCGGCGGGAGCGGGGCCCCCAGGAACGUGAAUGUCCUCUCUGCCGCCUUGUAGGGCCCUAUGUGCCCCUGUGGCUUGGCCAGGAAGCCGGCCUCUGCCUGGACCCUGGGCCGCCCAGCCAUGCCUUUGCACCCUGCGGCCACGUCUGCUCUGAGAAGACUGCCCGCUACUGGGCCCAGACACCACUGCCCCACGGCACCCACGCUUUCCAUGCCGCCUGCCCCUUCUGCGGGGCCUGGCUUACCGGCGAGCAUGGCUGCGUCCGUCUCAUUUUCCAGGGCCCACUGGAUUAGGCUCCCUGGAGCCCCCUGCUGCUGUGCCCACCUGCCUGCCCAGGUCCCCACCUCCUGCAGCCCAGUGGGAGCUCUGCAUGUGGGACACUCCCUGCUGGCACAUAGCCACACCAGAUGGACAUGUUGGAUGGGCUGCGCCCUUCCCCCCAACUGUGGCCCCCCACAAGGAGAUCCCCAAGAUCUCCACCCCAGUCAUGCCGAUGGGGCCUUCAGCACCGGCUCUGUCCUGGGUUGAUGGAGGAAAGCCCAGCCCCAUGCCCUUGCCCUUCCUGGGGCAUCCCACAUUGUGCCGCCGACACUGUGUGCCCCUGGGGGAGUGAAGGGGUCAGGAGCCCCUGACCCCCAGAUUAGGCUGGCUGUGCCCUGAGCCUGCCAACCCAGUUUCAGACACUUACCCUUCUUGCUACCACCCUGGGUUCCUCUAUAAACCUCGAUGCUCAGCUGCCCUCACAAGUCCCACAUGCCCCGCAUGCAUGCAAUGCCUCCAGCCCCAGAGUGAGUGGUGGGUAGGUGGCAGGCUGGGCCAAGCAUUUGCUGAUAGCCAGUGGGCUGGACUCUGUGCUAAGUGGUCUCUGGGGAUCCAGAGGCAAUCAGACCUGGUUCCCCACCUGGCAGAGUUCACAGUCUAGAGGAUGACAGACCGUUACCAAAUGGCAACACAGCUUCAUGUGUGCCAGGAUCAGAGUAUGAUUGGGCUGUGGCAGGCCUCACUGGUCAUGGAAAAGUGAGGGAGGCUUCACGGAGGAGGUGGCAUAGGAGCUCAGCCUCGAUGGCUGCUCGGAACCCUCUGGGUCCACAGGAUGGGAAGCGCGCUCUAUACAGAAGGGAGGGCCUGUGCACAGGCUCAGGUGUCAGUAAGCCAGGAAUCCAGGGACAGAUUCAGGGUGGCUAGAGCAUGGACUGCAGGGGGACAGGGAAGGAGGUGGAGCAAAAGGUUGAGACCAUGUGACCAGGGAAGAUUGUGACCAAGGAAGAUGCUGGAUGGAGGAUUCUGAACCUCAUUUGUGGAUGGUCAGGAGUUAACAAAGGGAGGAGAGAGGAAUCACUGGUCAAGAGUGUCGGCUGUGACACAAGGGCCAUCAUCCCUGAAUGUCCACCACGUGCCCCGCACUGUGCUGAUGAUAAUAAUAACUAUGUCCAUUGAGCACUCUCCAGA